AUGCCUUUAUUCUUCGGGGCAAAAUCAGAGCGGGCUGUUACAUUGCAGCCUGUCAUGGAGACCUCGGCAGAGGGCGGUGACCCCCGCAGCAGAGAGGUGCCCCAGCCUCCGGCCCAGCAGGAGGAGCUCGAGCCGCGGGUGGCCCGCAGACGGCUGUCUCAGGCCCGCCGCCGGGCCACCCUGACGGGGCUCUUCAACAGCCUCAAGAAAACCGUUUAUUCCCAGUCUGACCUCAACGCCUCGAAGUGGCAGGUUCUGAAUAGGGCCAAGAGCCAUAUUCAGGAGCUGGAACAAACCUUGGAUACGCUGCUGAAGCUGAAAGACUCCUUCAACCUGGAGGACGGGAAUGCAAACACCUUAGAGGAGGUCAGGGAGGAAUAUGCCAGAAAGUACUCCAGGAACCUCAGCCUGGACUCCCUCCUGGCUCAGCAGAACGACUCCUCCUGGUACCCGGCUGAGGCACUCAAGAAGGAUGCUGAGAAGGGAGAGGAAGGGGAAGAGGAGGCCCUGGAGGAGGACGAGGAGGAGGAGGAGGAGGGAGAAGAGGAGGAGGAAGAGCAGGAACACAUGGAGCUCACAGACUCCCAAGGCAUCUUGUCACCAGACCUCUUAGAAUUCGAAAGGUACCUCACCUUCUACAAGCAGACGAUGAACCUUCUGACCAGCUACGGGAUCAUCUCCUCCUGGGAGGCGACACUCCCCAUUGUCUCUGCGGCCAUCUCCCACCUGUGGCAGACCCUCUCCGAGGAGAGGAAGACCAGUCUGCUGCAGGCCUGGGCACAGCACAGCAGCCUCUCGGGCCUCCCAGAGGCCUGUGGGGAGCCUACCUACACAGAGGGCAGCAUGAAAGACAGCGGGGUGGACAGCCAGGGGGCCAGCUGCUCGCUGGUCUCCACCCCCGAGGAGGUCCUUUUUGAAGACGCCUUUGAUGUAGCGAAUUUCCUGGACAAAAGCGAGCCUCCGAGCACAUCUAGCACCAGUUCACUGGCCGCCGGCACCCCCGCGGAGAACACAGAGGAGAAGUUCCAGCUCUACCUACAGAUCCUGGAGUUCUUCCAAAGCCUGCACUGUAACACCACCCAGAUCAAGCAGGAAGCAGGCAUGCAGAUGGACCAAGAGACCGUGAUGCUGAGGUGCCUGGAAACCUUUGAUGAUGAAGAUUUGUAACGUCCUGGGCACCGAGGGGGGCAGUUGCCAACUGUCAAUUUCUGUCGCUAAGAUCAUACCUGCCCACACCUGUCCCC